GACUAAUCCCUCUGUGUGCCGAUCUGUUUAAAGCAAUCCGAAUUGCCGAUCUGUUUAAUACUCCGUAGACAAGUGGUUGGCAGAUCUAUUGCAGGUGCAGGAAAAAAAAUAAAAACGGCUGCGGAGUCCCGAUGAAGAAAGUCGGUGAAGUCAAUGUCCAAAACCGAAGAAGAGUUCACCGACGAAGACUGCAAAAAGAUGGAGCUCAACGCCAAGGCAAUAAACAUGAUUUAUUGCGGUGUUAACGUGGAUGACUACCGCAAAAUCUCAAGGCGUGAAACCGCAAAACAAAUGUGGGAGAAAUUGCAGGUCACCUACGAAGGAACCGCGCAGGUUCGGGAGGCCAAAAUUGAUCAUCUCACUCACAAGUAUGAACUCUUUUCAAUGAAGGAAAAUGAGAAGAUUGAGGAAAUGUUUGAGAGAUUCUCUAACAUCAUCAAUCCCCUCAAUCUUCUCGGGAAGACAUACACCGACCGAGAGCUCGUGAGAAAGGUGCUGCAAAGCCUAUCUCCUAAAUGGCGUUCAAAGGUGGACGCAAUCGAAGAAGGUCGUGACUUCCAAACAACGACCUAUGAUGCUCUUCGAGGUAAUCUUAUUACCUAUGAAACCACCCAACUUUCAAAGGUGGUUGAAGAAAGGAACAAAAGGUCUAUUGCUCUACCCGCAACAACAUCAACCCACAACAACGUUGAUGAUGAAGAUGAUGACAGCAACGACACCGACCUCGGACUCUUUGUCCGAAAAUUUAAGAAGAUGAUGCUCAAGAAGGGAGCCAAGAAGAACACUCCACCCAAAUGCUAUGGGUGUGGUGAAGGUUGACAAAUCAAACCAAUGUGCCCAAAGCUCAAGAACGAGAAGGACAAGAAGGCACCGAAGAAGCAGCGUGCUUACAUUUCUUGGGAGAACGACGACUCCGAGAGUGAAGACUCAGAAACGGAAGAAGUGGCCAACUUGUGUCUCAUGGCCAUUGAAGAUGGUGAUGCAUCAAAAGAGGUAAGUGAUCAAGAACCUUCUCCCAAUGAUCCUUUAACUCUUAAUGAUGUUGUUUGCAUUGUAGAAGAUUUGGUAAGAAUGUUCAAAAAGGCCUCCAAAGAAAACAAUGAAGUAAAGCAAAAAAUCCUGA